AUGGCCCGGCGAGCAGGUGAGACGAGUCCACUGCCCCGAUACGCGUGUCUUGAUUGGAAAUCCGAAAAAGGCGGCAGACCAACGCUUUUGGCCCGGCCUCCCCUUCAACGGAGCUACGAAUACCGCAGAGGCCACCGCCUCCGCGCCAUGCCAAUGGGGACGGCGGCCACCAGCCAGUCGCCGCCUCGUUCUUUUCCAUCUGGGUUUCGUUGCGAGGGCGCGUCCGCCGACGACCCAGUGAGAGGCGACGCCGCGAGACUGAGCGGCGGAACGCGCAAGUGCGCCGCGCCUGCAGGUGCAGCGCGCAGAGACAGAGACGCCAGCCUCCCAGUAGGGGCGCUUCCGAAGCAUCGAUCGCAGUUUCGCCUUAGAGAGACGAGCCACGAGCGUUCGAGGGAGCAAACCAGAGAGGAAAAUGAAAAUGGGAUUUCUAGGGGUCGCGCAGUGCACGGACUCGAGAUGGAUGGCGAGCGACCGUUUGAGAUACGGCUCAGCAGAAGGCAACGUCGCACACAGAGGAAGCGCACAGCGGGGCCUAGCGAGCAAGUGGAAAGGCGCGGGAGUUACACGGGGGCGAGGCAGGGGCAGGAAAGACACGAAACUCCAAAUUGUGAGCGGCUGAGUUCCGUCUCUUCGCCUCUGUCGCCCAGAGGGGGGCAGUUUUUCCUCUUUGAGGGACGGGGGAGGAACCCCGCCAGCAAGGCGGUUCGCGACCGUGACCAGACAGGCGCGAAGGAGAGGGCGCCUGCUGCGAACAGGCAGGCCACGGCGAACGAUGCCGCGAAGAGCCCAUACUCACCCGACUUCAACUUCACUGCUCAGCCAGGCCUUCUGCGCAAAGCUCUGGUAUAUAUGCUCGUGCUACUCGGUGCGCCGGAGCUCCUCGGCCGCGACCUGUUUCCCUCAAUCGAGCAAGUUAUCCAACACCAGGACAGCUGCGCAGACUAA